UGACGUCAACCCGAAUAACCAGAAACUUUUGCAGCGGACUGGAAAAUGCUACAGACCUCCACACUACAGAUAGGUCUAAAUCGAUGUGAAACUGCAAGAAACAGUGGAUUCUAUUUUUGUGUUUUGCCAAAAAAGCAAACCAGCGAUAGAUUGGAGUUCUGGGGCCAUUGGUGGGGCUAUACCAGACGAAAACCAUUUCAAAUGAAUAAUGCACAUGAGCGAGUGAGCGAGAAACCCAUCAUGAUGCCCACCCAGCUAGCCGGAGUCCUGUGAACAGUCGUGCCGAUCCAAGUCAAGGUAAAGUGAGUGAGAUCGAUAAACUUGUUUUUUCCCCGGCUAUUUUGGGGUUCGUUUUUGAAUGUGAUCGGUAUGGAAACGACGGGAAUGCUUGGCAACUCUAAAAUCAAAACCCAUGGCGGUGGCGGCGAACCUCCUCCCUCCAUACGCACACCUCCACAGCCACAGCCGCAGGCAUUCAAUCAGGUUAUUGAACAUCAGCACCAACGACAAAGUCAAAAUAACAAAAACAACCACCAACAGCAGUCGAUACACGGUGAAAGUGGAAACCGCCAACAUGGAGGAAAGGAAAACAUUUCGGGGAAUCGAGUCGAGCGCCAUCAACCACUGAAUAAUAAAAGUGAGGAGGUGGAGGGGGAUCCGUCGCGGUACAAACCCGAGGAGCGGAUGGACAGCAGGUACGAGCAUGUCAGCCGGGGAUCAACGAACAACAACAACAACAACAACCCUCGGAAUGACAACAGCUCUGUUACCCAGUUUAAUAAUUAUUAUGGGAAUGGAAGAGGAGGGCCUUGCUUUGAUCAACAUGGCGGACAACAAAGCCAGUAUGGGAUAGUGCAUUCGGUACAGAACACCAUGGAUCAAGUUCAAAACUCCCACGAAAGCUACAACAGCCCAUACAACCACUACCAGAACUAUCGACCUGGCUACGUUAACAGUGGAUAUGGAGGUAUGGCGAGUCCCUCACGCCAGGGCAAUAACCUAAUGGGCCCUGGCAGCAACGCGACCGCUGCUAGUCAAAGCAAAGCCGCUAUGGCUGCUACAGCUUCCCCGGGUGGAGGUGGUACUCGUGCUGGGGGUUUCCAGAGGUUCCCCGGGCCAAAUCAGCAGCAUCCGUCCGGUGCCACUCCAACUUUGAACCAGUUGUUGACAUCGCCAAGCCCCAUGAUGCGGGGUUAUGCUAGUGGCUACCAGGAUUACAACAAUCCUGCUGCACAACAGCAGCCCAACAUGGGGCUUGGUAAAGAGAUGGGGUCCCAGUACGGCUCAGCUAGCCAUGGAUGGGGAGGACAGCAGCGGAAUCACCCCUCGAUUAGCCUGGGAAACAACGGACAAGUCAUUGGCCGAUCUCAGGUCCCGCCCAUGGACGCCAUGGCGAUGAAGCGUUCUCAGCUGUACGGCAUGAGCAACAACCCGUACUCCCAGCAACAGGGGGCGCCGUACCAUGGCCAACCCUAUGGCUCGCCAUUGCCACAACGUUAUCCAAUGGGAAUGUCCGGAAGAGGUCAGAUGACCACAAUGGGUGGAAUGCAAUAUCCUCAGCAGAUGGCGUCGGCGGGCUACAGUCAGCAGGGUAUGGGGGGGUACAGCCAGCCCGGGCAGCCUCCUUACUACAGCUCCCCUCAACACCAGCCCGCCGCCCCCAGCCGGACACCCUACAUGCAGCCUCCCGCACCGCUUCCCCCGCAGGAGGUGCCCCAGGAGGCGUAUGGCACCAGGGGCCAGUCGGCUGUGACCCCUGGGAAGACCAGCCACGAGGACCUGGGUCUGAGCCUGCAGGACAGACCCUCCAGCCUGCCUGACCUGUCAGGCUCCAUCGAUGACUUGCCCACGGGUACGGAGGCGGCCAUCAGCUCUGCGGUCAGCGCGUCGGGGUCGACCAGCAGCCAGGGGGAGACCAGCAACCCGGCCCAGUCCCCCUUCUCCCCCCACGUCUCCCCCCACGUCUCCCCCCGCCUCCCCGCCAUGCGCAGCGGGGGGGCGUCCUCCUCCUCCCCCGUGGCCUCCCCCGUGGGCUCCGGCCAAUCACGCUCCGGGCCCAUCUCCCCCGCCAGCGGUCCCGGGACCCAGGCGGGCCCCCUGACCCCAGGCAGUGUGUCCCAGGACAUGGGCCCCCACACCUCCAUGGGGCAGUCCCCCAUGUCCCAGGACAGAGGGUUUCCUCCCGGCAUGCAACGUGCCGCCCCGGGACCUCAGUUUGGCCCCCAGCCCCCGGGGCCUCCAAUGUCCCCUCACGGCUCCCCCGGGGGGCCCAUGCACCACGGCUCGUCCUACCAGCAGGGAGGGGGCCCCUCCUACGCCCAGUACGGGCCUCCAGGUAACUACCCGAGGCCCUCUCACUACGGCGGGGCCCCCACUGCCGGCUACAGCGGCCCCGGCCCGGCUAACAGCAUGGGGACCAACGCCGGCAGCCCCAUGCACGGCCAGGGGCCCUCCACCCCUUCGGGCCGCAGCCUGGCCCCCGGGGGCCCCGGCGGUCCUGGGGCUCCCGGGGGCCGGCCCUUCCCCGGCGCCCCCUCCCACAUGGCCCCCACGUCCCCUGGCAUGCCUCAGCCGGCUGGCCAGGGCGUGGGGCCCCUGGGAACCAAAGGCAUCCGCAAGCCGUGCGAGACGGGCCCCCACGCUGUUCCAGGGGCCAACGCUGCCUCGUCCUCGCCGUCCGCCACCCAGUCCAGACCCCCCUUCCCCCGCUCCCCCCUCUACCCCCAUCACCCCUGGCCCCCGGGGUCAGGGCCCGCACUCUCCCCCUCCCCUCGUCGUCCCCACCCCCACCCUCACCUCCACCCUCACUCCCCCCACCACCACCACCACCACCAGCACCACCACCACCAGCAGCACCAGCAGGGUAGUGGUGUGACCCCAGCUCCCCCCUCCCCCCACCACCCCUCCAAUCACCAUGGACAGGGUAGUUUCCCAGGUAUGGGGCCGAUGGGAGGAAUGGGCCCCGCGGGCCCCUACACCCAACAGCCAGGUAACAACUGUGGAAGAGUAACCUCUCAAGGGCCCGCCUACAAUGUCCCGCCCACAGGGCCCCCGAUGAUGUCCCCAGACAGGAUGGGCAGCCCCCCGGCAAAACAGAGGGUUAGCCAAGACGGCCCCGACCCCAACACCACUGCCCCCACCACUGCCACCACCGAGCCACCCAAACCAAAGAAGCCGGGGGGAGCCCUGGUCUGCGGGACGGGGGACAAGGCGGCGCGUCUGUACGAGCUGGGCGGGGAGCCGGAGCGCGGGCCCUGGGUGGACCGCUACCUGGCCUUCAUGGAGGAGCGCGGGACCCCCGUGCCCGGCCUGCCCACCGUGGGCAGGAAGCCCCUGGACCUCUACCGCCUCUACAUGUGCGUGAGGGAGAUCGGCGGGAUGGCCAUGGUGAAUAAGAACAAGAAGUGGCGGGAGCUGACGAACUUCCUGAGCGUGGGCACGUCCAGCAGCGCCGCCAGCUCCCUGAAGAAGCACUACAUCCACUUCCUGUUCACCUACGAGUGCCAGGCCGAGCGGGGAGAGGAGCCCCCCGCCCUGGGGGUCCUGGCCUCGGGGCCGGGCCCCGGGGACCCCAAGAUGGCCUCCCCCCAGCAGGCCAGGGUCCUGCCCCCCUCCCCCGCUCCCAUGGGCGCCCUGCAGCGGCCGGGCGCCCCCCAGUCCAGUGGGAGGCCCGAGACCCCCGGGGAGCCCAGGCGUCCCACCCCCCACCGACCCCUGACCCCCCACCGACCCCUGACCCCCCAGCCGGGAAGCAGCGACCCAGCGGUGUUCCACGGAAAACCAGGUCCCGGCCCCGGUGGCGCCCCCUGCCAGCCGGGGCCGGGAGUGCAGGGAGACGGACUGACCAUGAGGAUGCACUACGAUGGACCCCCACGCAAGGGUCCUGGUCCCGGCGAGGUCUACGGCCCGGGUCAGAUGCCCAGCGGGGCCAUGCAGGACAUGCACCCCCGGGGGCCCCCAUCAGGACCCCAGCCAGGGAUGGGGGGCGGCCCCAGGCCUCAGUACCCCUACGGACCGGGCUACGACCGCAGACCGGACCACGUGCUGGGUCCUGAGGGCAGCCUGGCGCCCCCUGCUGGACAGAACAGCAUGGCUCCGUCGGGGAGCGACCCGGGCCUGUACCACGGGAACAGAUACCCAGCCCAGAGGCACGGUCACGACAGCUACGGCCAGCAGCAGUUCCCUCCCAGCAUGCCUUUCACCGCUCACCAGCCCAACAUGUACCCCCAGCAGGGUUACAAGAGGCCCGGGGAGGGGCUAUACCCGCCCGCCAAGCGCCACGAGGGGGACCCCUACCCUGCGCAGUACAGCGGACCCCCGCCCGAGGUUUACGGCCCCUACGCCGGGGGAGGGGGGUACAUGGGCCCCGACAGACGUCCCGUCCCGGGACAGUACCCGUACCCCUACCCCCGCGACCGCAUCCCUCUCGGGGUCGCCCAGGGGCCCCCGAAGCCACCCAUGAUGGGUGGGGGCCCGCUGGCCCCCGGGGACUCUGGGGACCCGGCCCAGGGCCACAUGUGGCCCCACAGGACAGACGUGGCCUACCCCUACCCCGGCCGCCCGGGGCAGGGGCAGGGGCCCCAGUACCCCGGUCGCCCCGCCCAGGGCCACGCUUACCCGGGAAUGGGCAGAGGGGACGACCCCGAGGGUAGGGGCCCUCAGGAGAGCCAGUGGGCCCCGGGGCCCCCGGGACACCGGCAGCCUCCCUUCCCUCCCCACGUCUCCCCCUCCUUGUCUCCCUCCAUGGGGCCCCUGUCCUCCUCCCGCCACCCCCCCUCCCCCUUCCCCGCCGGAGCCGCCAUGGCCAACCACAUCGCCCGGGCCCCCAGCCCCUCCUUCCCUCGGCCGACGGGAGGCUCCCCGUCGCCGGGCCCCGUGGGCCCCUACAUGGCGGUCCUGAAGAAGGGGACCCCCGGGCCGGGCCCCUACCCCGGGGGUCCCGGUCAGACCCUGCCUCUGGUCCAGAGGGAGCUCAGCUUCCCCCCCGGCGCGGUGGAGGCCACGCAGCCCCGGCUCCAGGCCCGCCGCCGGCUCACCCCCAAGGACACAGGAACCCCGGAGGCGUGGCGCGUGAUGAUGGCCCUGAAGUCGGGCCUGUUGGCCGAGGGCACGUGGGCCCUGGACACGCUGAACGUGCUGCUGUACGACGACAGCACGGUGGGCUCCUUCAUCCUCAGCCAGCUGCCUGGCUUCCUGGAGCUGGUGGUGGAGCUCUACCGCCGCUGCCUCAUCCAGAUCUUCGGGAUCCUGGAGGAGUAUGAGCUGGGCUCCCAGGGGCCCCAGCCCAGCCUGGUUGGGCCCCCGGGGGCCAACCCCCCGGCAGAGGAAACGCCACCGGCGCCUCCGACAACGACCACAACAACAACAACCACAACAGUCUUCAGCCCUCUUCUCUCUGACGGCCAAUCACAGCAGGGGGUGCAGAGGCUGCGUCGGCCGUCAACAGAGAGAGAGGAAGAGGAAGAAGAGGAGGAGGAGGUGGUGCUGCUAACAGCCGAGGAGCCAAUCAUUCGUGCUGUGAAGCAGGAAAAAGAGGAGGAGCAGGAGGUCGGCAUGGAGACGGAACCUCCGGUCUCCGUGAUUCGGGCGAACGAAGGGGUCAAGGAGGAGGAGGAGGAGGGCGCGGGAGGAGGGGAAGAGGAGCCCUCAGAACCCGCCGCCACUCCUCCUCCUCCUCCUCAUCCUCUGAAGCAGGCCAGCAGGUACGACCUGCUGCCCCUCCUGCUGGAGGAGGUGGGGGAGGGGGCGGAGGCGGUGGAGGCGCGCUGGGCCCGGCUGGACCAGGACUGCAGCUUCACCAGCGGCCUGCUGCACUGGCAGGCGGGCGGGGGGGACUCCACCCGGCACAUCCUGACCCACAUGGAGCCCCCGGGCGGCGGGCAGCACCGCCACGCCGCCCCCCCGGAGGAGGAGGAGAGCCAGGAGGAGGAGGAGGAGGAGUGGGAGGAAGAGAUGAGUGAAGAGGAGGAAGAGGAUGGGGGGAAGAGGCCGACGGAUGUUGCCAAUGAGCUGCUUGAUGCCCGUUCUGGCCCCUCCAGGCCGGAGGUCCGCGCCCCGCCCCGCGGGCCCAUCAGCCCCCUGGAGGACGAGGCGCGGGGCUGGGCCGAGGCGCCCCUCUCCACGGCCCAGCCCUGGCAGGACCAGCUGGCCCGCCGCUGCGUGUGCGUCUCCAACGUGCUGCGCAGCCUCUCCGUCGUCCCCGGCAACGACGCCGAGAUGUCCCGCCACCCGGGUCUGGUGCUGCUGCUGGGGCGCCUGGCGCUCUUGCAUCACCGCCACCCCCCCCGGAGGAGCAGCAGCAGGAGGAGGAGGAGGAGGAGGCGGAGCCAGGAGGAGGAGCCGGCCGUGGGGUGCAGUCGGGACGAGUGGUGGUGGGAGUGUCUGGGGGCGCUGCGGGAGAACACCCUGGUGACCCUGGCCAACAUGUCGGGCCAGCUGGACCUGUCGCAGUACCCCGACACCGUCUGCCUGCCCGUGCUGGACGGCGUGCUGCACUGGAUGGUCUGCCCCUCGGCCGAGGCCCACGACCCCUUCCCCGCCGCCGCCGCCUCCUCCCCCCUCACGCCGCGCGGCCUGGCGCUGGAGGCGCUGUGCAAGCUGAGCAUCCAGGACGCCAACGUGGACCUGCUGCUGGCCACGCCCCCGCUGCGGCGCCAGGAGCGGCUGUUCGCGGCGCUGCUGCGGCUGGUGGGCGACCGCCGCAGCCCCGUGUCCCGGGAGAUGGCGGUGGCGGCGCUGUCCAACCUGGCGCAGGGCGAGGCCUCGGCCGCCCGCGCCCUGGCGCUGCAGAAGGGCGCGGUCGGGACCCUGAUCGGCUUCCUGGAGGACGGCGUCGCCGCGGCGCAGUACCGCCGCCACGCUCCGCCACCGGGGGGCGCCCCCCCGGAGCCCCCCAGCGUCAACAUGAUGUGCCGCGCGGCGAGGGCGUUGCUCGCGCUGGCGCGGCUCGGGGGCGACCGCGCCGAGUUUGUCCUGCACGAGAGCCGCCUGCUGGACGUGUCGCUGUCGGCGGCGCUGGCCCCGCCCGUGGCCGGCGUCUUGUGCGAGGUGCUGUUCAAGGUCGCCCGCUCGUCGUGACACGCGCACUGAGCAUGCUCAGUAGGUGUGUGUGACGGACGCUGGACGUAUAUUUUUAUUUAAAAGAAAAGAACGAUGAUGUAUGAAGUGUUUUUACAUAAAGAAUAUAUAUAGAAUAUAAAUAUACAGCCUAUUGGCUCCUUCAACAGGUUUUAAUUUGGGACUUUUAAAUAAUUUGAAUACAAAAUAUUUAAUACUUGGUAUUUUUACGUUUUGGUUGUUUUCUGUGUUUCUUGUUAUUCUUUGAACCAAAGUUGGAAGGCUUUGGUUGCUGGGGGUUCGAGGCGGCUCACCUCGGGGUCUGUCUCUGUGGAUGUGAACGACUUUAUUUAAAUAGUGUGUGUAUAUAGAGCCGUGUUCUGGUGUGCUGUAACAGCUUGACCUAAUGUCUACCGCCUACGGUGUGCAAUAGUGUUUAUCCAGCUGGUCUUGGAUAAUUCAGGGGAUUGAGCAAGAGGGGUGUGUGGUUGCUAAAUGUGAAUCAUUUUAAGAUAUAUUUCAACUAUCUUGGCCAACAAUGUUGCAGAACCGUACCAGUAUAAAACCGAACACAUCCUAAACAAAGUUCUGUUUUAGGUUUAUUUUCCAUCUUUAUGCAUCACUUUCAACUGUCACUUCACGACCAUCAGCGUCCGGGCCCCACGUGUAAAUAAAGUUGUACAUGUUUGUCUUCCUCGCUGAAGAGGCUGUGGGGUCGACACCGUAAUGGAGAUGGAUAACUUAAAAUAAUAAUAAUAAUAAUGGACGUUACAACUCACAAAUGUCCUUUUCGGUACAUGAACGGGAUUUAUCGAGACUUAUCGGGACAUGUGUGUGGUGCUGUCAUGAAAAAUAUCAUUUUUUACGUAAACAUUAACAUGCUAGUCUUGCUGUACAGCUGAAAAUUGUUAACGGUUGGCCAGGUUUCAACAAUUCAACCAAUGUAAAGAGAAGAUGCCCGCUGUUUAUUCCUUAUCUUUAUACACCUGUUUCACAACAUGAUGAAAUAAUAAAUGUACAUGGCAUCUGGUUGCACUGUGA